CUCCAUUACUUUUUAUCUUCACUUUAUUUCGAUGUUUCUAACGCCAUGAAAUAUGUAAAAUAUUUUAGAUUCGUAAAUAGAUAUAAAGACAUAAAAUUGUUGACAAAACUCUAAUUGCAAGAUUUUGAGUGCGUUAGUUUGUGUAAGAACUUAACGCACUAUUUCUGCUUAAAAUAGACUAUCCCACAGUCUAAAAAUAAACUUGUUUGCAUGUCUAUACAAAAGUGAAUGAGUUACGUCAGCUUAAUAAAGAAACGUGUAGUAAGUUUGAAUAUGUAAUUAGCAACGCCUUAAUAAAUAUCUGUUUUUACUAUCAAAUAUAUUUCCUUUAAAAGAAAACAUGAUUAUAAAAUGGUUGAAAAAAUAGAUUUAUUGAAACAGGGACACAAACGAUAUUGCCGGUGGAGAGACUGUCUGUGUGCGAAAUGCAUGUUGAUCGCCGAGCGCCAACGCGUAAUGGCAGCUCAAGUUGCUCUUCGCCGCCAACAGGCUCAGGAGGAGAAUGAGGCCAAGGAUCUAGGAAUGUUGUAUGGACCAGGGGGACUCCUACAAGUCAACAGUAAUAACUUUUCAGAAACCAGUAUUGGGAGCAACAAAAGACGGAAUGAUCAACCAGAUAAAGCAACAGCAAUGAAGCAAGCUAAGUCUGACAGAGAACAUGAAGAUGUUGAAAGAAAGACCGCUGCUGCUGACAAAAACAGUGAACUGACAGUAUCAUCUACUGAAUCAGAUGCCAACAAAAUUUCCAUAUCUCCAAGAAACGCAAGAGAAGUUGCUCUACAAUAUCCACAAACCGAAAGUCAGGACGCAGAUAAAUCAACUGAUAAAAAAAUUCAAAUAAUUUGUAAACUUUUCCCAAUGCUGUCUGUGUCAAGCGUAAAUGAUAUUCUAAACAGUUGUGACCGCGAUAUUUCAAAGUCAAUUGACUUCAUUCUGUCGAAAAAUUUGAAUGAUUCGUGUAGUUCGGUUGCAAUGAUUUCUUCGGCUAUGACAUUUCAUCCUGGUAUCUAUGGCAACGCCAUGCAUCCGAGUAUUUAUGGAAGUAAUGCGGCAUUUGGAAGACUGAGGACAUUUCCAGCUUGUCCCAUCGGAGGGUUCCGACUUCCUAUGACAACAGUGUAUAAUCAAAUCCCAAGUUCUAGUCAUGUUCCAUACAGUAUUAUUGGAAUGUCAGGGAUAAAUUACGCUGAUAGAAGUAAGCCAGGUUACAAGGCAGGGGAAACAAACACUGCAGAUGGUGAAAGUAAAGAAUAAACGUACUUUCUAAGGAAUUAUCAUUAACUGUUCUCCCGUACGUGUUGUUUUGAUAGCUACAUGUAUCACUUACUGUCGAAAGCGAUAUUUCAAUUUUACAGUUUAGGACUCUGAUUAUUUAACAACUGAAAACUGUGGUAACUAUGAAAAACAAGGUCAAGUUAAUUCCUUGAAUAUACCGAGACGUGCUAUACAUGAAUGUUAUGAAAAUUGAAAAAUAACCAUUUAAAGAUAACUCUGGACUUAGCUAGUCCAACGCGUGACUUAAUUUUUGUCAAAUCACUAUGAAUUUUGCUGCAAAACAUGAACAAAACUUUUUAAUGGCAUAAUUAUAUUUGUUUGUUAUUGGUUUAGUUUGAGGAAAGACUAUACGUAAUUCAUUUUACAUAUUUUUCGUUACCAUUUCACUACACUUAUUCUACUGUAUAAUAAUAUUUAUAAGAUAUUUGAAAAAUAAGUUACUGUGCAUUUAGUUAAUACUGUAGGUAUGAAAUAUACAAACGUACUUGUCAAGUA